ACGUUUGUUAUCUAUCUUGAUAUGUUGUAUAUAAGUAUAAAUGUGAAAGAAAGUAAACUUUGGCCAACUUUGAUAAACAGCUCUCGUGGACUGGACUUUGACAUUUUAAUUUUGUGUUGUUUCAACUGUGGGAGUGAUUGACCUUCCUUUCUAUUCUACUAAAGACAAAUAGCGAAAAUGUCGGAGAAGAGUAGCCCCAUAAAAUAUUUUUUGAGCGGUGGUUUUGGUGGUGUUUGUACUGUUUUAUCAGGACAUCCGAUGGACACGAUAAAAGUGAGAUUACAAACAAUGCCUCUACCAAAACCAGGAGAAACCGUCUUGUACAAGGGAACUUGGGACUGUUUUAAAAAAACUGUGCAGCUUGAAGGAUUCCGUGGGCUUUACAAGGGAAUGUCAGCGCCUUUAACAGGAGUAGCGCCUAUUUUUGCUAUCAGUUUCUUUGGUUUUGGUUUAGGUAAAAAGUUAAUAAAGUCGGACGAAGAUCAAGUACUUACAAAGACAGAAUUAUUUGCUGCAGGUGCUUUUUCUGGUGUGUUCACAACUUCUAUUAUGGCUCCGGGCGAAAGGAUAAAGUGUCUACUCCAAAUUCAACAAGGUGCGAACGCGCCACAGAAGUACAAAGGCAUGGUCGACUGUGCCAGACAGUUAUACGCAGAGGGUGGUAUCAGAAGCAUCUACAAAGGAAGUGUUGCUACUAUUUUGAGAGAUGUGCCAGCUAGUGGUAUGUACUUCAUGACAUAUGAGUGGAUAAAAGAGGUCCUUGUACCAGAGGAUGCAAGUAAUAAACUGAAGAUGGUGGCUACCAUAGUAGCUGGAGGUUGUGCGGGGAUAGCUAACUGGCUGGUGGGCAUGCCGGCCGACGUACUCAAGAGUAGACUUCAAACAGCCCCAGAGGGUACAUACCCAAACGGUAUGAGGGAUGUCUUCAAACAGUUGAUGGAGAGAGAGGGUCCAUUAGCUCUGUAUAAGGGAGUAACUCCAGUCAUGAUCAGAGCUUUCCCAGCAAACGCUGCAUGCUUUGUUGGGUUUGAAUUGGCUAUCAAAUUCUUGGACUGGGUUGCACCUAACCUUUGAUAUUAUUAAAAAAAUACCUAGUAGAGAUUUUUAAAAGUUUAGUUAACUUUCUG